UGGCCGGAGUGGCGGCCGCGCUUCUCUGAGGCGAUGUCGGUGGCCGCGGCGGGGGUGAAACUGGCGGCGGCAUUGGCGUGGUUUCCACGCAGAUGGAGCUGAGCCGGCGCGGCCGAGCGAGCGAACGAGCAAGGCCGGCUGAAACGGACGGACGGAGGGACGGAGCGGCUUUAAUUUCCACCCUUCCCCGACCCCUGCGACGAAGGCUCAGCCGCCAGCGCGACACUGAUCGAGCUUUAGCACUUCUGGAAGAUUAUUGUAAGAAGUUAAAAAAGCCAGAGGAGCAACAACUGAAAAAAGCCAUUAAGAAAGUGAUGGGCAUCUUUAAAAGCAGUUUGUUCCAAGCCUUGCUAGACAUUCAAGAAUUCUAUGAAGUGACCCUACUGAACUCUCAGAAAAGUUGCCAGCAAAAAAUAGAAGAAGCCAAUCAGGUUGCAGAAAAGUGGGAAAAGACACCGUCUCUAGGAACGGAUAAUGAAAAUCAGCCCAAAACAUCAGAGAUGGCAGUUUCAGACGGGUCUGACAGAUCAGAGGUACGUGAACAUCAGGAGAAGGGGAAAUCAGUUCACGAUCGCUGCUCCACAGAGGAUGUUGCAAAGCAGAGUCACACAAGAUGUCCUGCCCACAAAUGUUCAGUCGAAUCGCCUGGAUGGCUGCCUAUUCAACAUUCUAAGUAUCAUUAUCAAGAUGAAGAUGCUCCACAUGACCAUAGUUUACCUCGUUUAACCCAUGAAGUGAGAGGUCCAGAACUAGUCCACGUUUCUGAAAAGAACUUAUCGCAGAUAGAAAAUGUCCAUGGAUAUGUCCUACAGUCUCACAUCUCGCCUCUGAAGGCCAGCCCUGCUCCUAUUAUUGUCAAUACAGAUACGUUGGACACCAUCCCCUACGUCAACGGCACAGAGAUUGAAUAUGAAUUUGAAGAAAUUACAUUGGAAAGGGGCAAUUCUGGCCUGGGAUUCAGUAUUGCUGGAGGAACAGAUAACCCACAUAUCGGGGACGAUCCCGGAAUAUUUAUUACUAAGAUAAUACCAGGAGGAGCUGCUGCAGAGGAUGGAAGACUCAGAGUCAACGAUUGCAUUUUGCGGGUGAAUGAGUUCGACGUUUCCGAAGUUUCCCAUAGCAAAGCUGUUGAGGCGCUGAAGGAAGCCGGCUCUAUCGUACGACUCUAUGUCCGUCGGAGGAGACCUAUUCUGGAGACUGUGGUGGAAAUUAAACUCUUCAAAGGACCCAAAGGUCUGGGGUUCAGCAUUGCCGGAGGCGUAGGGAACCAGCACAUCCCUGGCGACAACAGCAUCUAUGUCACAAAAAUUAUUGAUGGUGGUGCAGCCCAAAAGGACGGACGGUUGCAAGUCGGAGACAGGCUUCUUAUGGUAAACAAUUACAGUUUAGAAGAAGUAACACACGAAGAAGCAGUAGCAAUAUUGAAGAAUACAUCGGAUGUAGUCUAUUUAAAAGUGGGGAAGCCAACCACCAUCUAUAUGACCGACCCUUAUGGCCCUCCAGAUAUUACUCAUCCUUAUUCCCCGCCGAUGGAAAACCACAUCCUGUCUUCAGGCAACAACGGCACUUUAGAAUACAAGACCUCGUUGGCCCCCAUCUCGCCUGGAAGAUACUCGCCUCUCCCAAAGCACAUGCUAGUGGAAGAUGACUACCCCAGGCCUCCUGAACCCGUUUACAGCACUGUGAACAAAUUCUGUGAUAAGCCACCUUCUCCUAGGCAUUAUUCCCCUGUCGAGUGUGACAAAAGCUUCCUCCUUUCAGCUCCCUACCCCCACUACCACAUAGGCCUGCUCCCUGACUCUGAAAUCAUCAGUCAUUCCAGGCAUAGUUCUGUAACCCAGCUUCCCACCGUGAAUAUCCAGAGGACCAUGUCAAUAGAAGGGGAGCCUCGGAAGGUUGUCUUGCAUAAGGGCUCGACGGGGCUUGGUUUUAACAUUGUAGGAGGAGAAGACAGGGAAGGCAUCUUUGUCUCCUUCAUCCUAGCAGGUGGGCCGGCUGACCUCAGUGGGGAACUGCAGAGGGGAGACCAAAUUUUGUCUGUCAACGGGAUUGAUCUUCGUGGUGCUACACAUGAACAAGCGGCCGCAGCCCUCAAAGGAGCAGGCCAGGUGGUGACCAUUAUAGCACAAUACCAGCCUGAAGAAUUCUUUGGCUUGUGGACAGGUCCACCAACAAUGAUAAUAGGUGCCUUGCUGGUGGCCACACUUCCAACAAUGUCUUCUGUUCGGGAAAGAACUGAUUGGAGCUGUGUGGACAUGUGGGAGAUAGCCAUGUUUGACUACGACAAAAGCAAGGACAGUGGCCUCCCCAGCCAAGGACUCAGCUUCAAGUAUGGAGAUAUUCUCCACGUUAUCAACGCCUCCGAUGACGAGUGGUGGCAAGCAAGGAGGGUCAUGCUGGAAGGCGACAGUGAAGAGAUGGGAGUUAUACCUAGCAAAAGAAGGGUGGAAAGGAAAGAAAAAGCACGUUUAAAAACAGUGAAAUUUAAUUCCAAGCCUGGUGUGAUCGAUGCCAAAGGGGACUUCCCCGGAUUAGGGGACGACGGUUAUGGGACAAAGACUCUGAAACAUCUCUCUUCUAAUGCCAGCGAUAGCGAAAGUAGCUACAGAGGCCAAGAAGACUGCAUUCUCUCCUACGAACCUGUUACACGGCAGGAAAUUAAUUACACCAGGCCGGUUAUUAUCCUUGGCCCAAUGAAAGAUCGGAUAAAUGAUGAUUUGAUAUCUGAGUUCCCUGACAAAUUUGGCUCCUGCGUCCCACAUACCACUCGACCGAAGCGCGAUUAUGAAGUGGACGGAAGAGAUUACCACUUCGUCAUCUCCAGAGAACAAAUGGAAAAGGACAUUCAAGAGCACAAAUUCAUCGAAGCUGGCCAGUAUAACGAUAAUCUGUAUGGAACAAGCGUGCAGUCCGUGCGAUUUGUAGCCGAAAGGGGCAAACACUGUAUCCUGGAUGUGUCAGGAAACGCAAUUAAACGGCUUCAAGUUGCACAACUCUACCCUAUUGCAAUCUUCAUUAAGCCUAGAUCGUGGGAGCCUUUGAUGGAAAUGAAUAAACGUCUCACGGAGGAGCAGGCCAAGAAAACGUACGACCGCGCCAUGAAAUUAGAACAAGAAUUUGGAGAAUAUUUUACAGCAAUUGUCCAAGGAGAUACCUUAGAAGAUAUAUAUAACCAAACCAAACUUGUGAUCGAGGAACAAUCGGAUUCCUUCAUCUGGAUUCCUUCCAAGGAAAAACUAUAAAGUCGCUAACCCACCUCUGAUCGCAACGGAAAAGUAUUUAGAAGAAAAUUUAAUCCUAACUUAUUUGGAAGCUUCGGGGAGGGCUGGGGGGGAAAAAAAGUUACUUUCACGUUUCUUGCUGUCAAUGUGAUUAUUAUUAUUCUGAUUUUUCUGAACAUACAACACAAACUGUCGGAAGCCAUGAAGGACACUGAUUGGGUCAUAAAAGGGGAAGGAAACAAAAAAAAGAAAAAAGAAGGAACAAUUUUUUUUAAGAAAAAGAAAAAAAAAACAAGUCUGCCAUAUUAAAUCUCUCUCACACACACAGACAUGCAUACACAUACACACUCGGACACACUCAGCACAAACUGUUCUGUGUGCUCACCACACAGCUUUGUAAGGAUGAACCCGGAGGCAGAAAUGACCCAGCCCGUUACCUCCUUUUCCAACCUGUAAUGACUCAGCUCGGUGUGUUUCUUGGUGGUUGAAAACCCCCAAAAUCUCCUGGGUGUCUUAAUCCUACAGGACGUAUCCUUUGAGUAAAAGCGGAUGCGAACACAAGUCCUACCUAACGUUAUCUCCAGAAGAAGAGCUGAAUGGCCUGCGGCUUUGCAAAAUCUCAUCCAUAAGCCACACCACCGGACUCUGCUGAGACCUGGAAUGCUUUUAUUAUGAUUAUUGUUAAUUUUUUCCCAGAUGUUGGAUCGGAGACAUCCUUUGAUCAUAGUACAUCUGUAUUUGCAGCACCUCGACUUUCAUAUAACUAUGCAUAUCUCUCCUUCCCGCCCCUCCCCCCCAUCCCAAUCCAACCUGGAGCAUAAUUUCUCCCCUCCCCCCCUCAACUUCACCGUUGCAUCUGGAUCUUAAUCAUUCAAUGAGAUUUGAUGGGAAGGAAAGCAUUCAUAUUGAAGUGCGUUCACCUGAACAGACAAAAUUCAGGGUACUUAAAACUUGACCAAGAAGAAGGGUACAAUUGGGGGAACGGGGAAAGCUUUACAUUUUAUUUUAAUUAUAUCUAUAUUAUCAUUUAUAUGAAGAUAGAAGGCACUUAAAAGACGGGAUAAUUUAUUAAAGAAUCUAUAUUGAUGUAUAGGCGCUAAUUUCUAUAGGUAACAAAAAUAUUUUGUGAGACGUUUUGUAAAGAUUAAGUCAUCGAAAGGUGAAUUACGUUGCACCUGGGCGGGCAGGAGAAUGCAAAAGGUGAAUUUUCAAUUUGCACUAUUUCAUUCUUUCUUUUUUUUUGUCUCCCCCGGUAGAUUUCUUAAGAAUUUCUAUUUCUAUAUGUUCGUCCUCUUUGUUUGAAUUUUAGGAAUUUAGGUCUCAUGUAUUCCUAUUUUAUUUUGGAUAAGAAAAUUUUACUUUGCAUAAUACACCUAAAAUGCACUUAGUACAAAAGAAAAUAUAUAUAUCUCUCUUUGUUGAAAAGAGUUCCACCUCACCCUCAUUUCCCUCAUUCCCAUAAAUAAACUAUUGGGGCGGUUUGAAUGUAAUUUCUGGUUUAUUUUUUUCUAAUUAAGCAGCUGCCAUUAUAAAAUCUCUUACCAGCUUUUCCAUAAUGGUUUAUAGAGAAUUUGCCAGUAGGAAUGGUUGCUAAAAUGCCAGUAAUUGAUCCAAACUAGUCGGUAAAGUUAUAAACAAAACAUUACACUUUAGAAGCAGAUUUUGAAGUCAACCAAAAUAAUUCAUUGGAAGACCACUAUGCAUUUUACGAUUUUAAAAAGUCAAAAAGUUCAACUUUGUGGCAAUCAUCUAGAAAUUUUGUUUGCUAAUUAUGGGGCAUAAACCAUUGGUGGGACUUGAAUAAUUUAACAACCAGUUCUCUGGCUGGGUAGGCGUGGUCGGUUGGUCAUGUGACUGGGUGGGUGAUGUCACUCAUCACACCCAGCCCCGCCUCCCAGCUACUCGCCUCAAAGGCUAAUCCCCCCACUGGCUGGCCCCGCCCUUGCCCGUUUUUCGGCCUGUUUUUUGGCCGUUUUCAGGCCGUUUUUUGGGCCCUUUGCUGCCAUUUUUAAGGCCAUUUUCCAGGCCAUUUUUGGGCCAUUUUUGGCUUGAAAAACGGCCUGAAAAUGGCAUGGAAAACAGGCCAAAAAAUAAGUGGGGGCGGGGCCAGUGGUGGGAUUUUCCGGUUCACCAUACUGCACGGAAUCUUAACUACCAGUUUGGCCGAACCUGUACGAAUCGGCAGCAGCCCACCUCUGGCAUAAACGCUCCCUUCAAAAAACAAUUCAGUUGAUUCCCUGGAAUAAUCCACUUCGCAGAACAACUCACUUUCUUUUCACAGAACAACUCAAAUUGCAGAACAACUAAGCAGUUCCAAACUACCAGUAAACAAAAGCCUAGCCAGUAAUAGUUUCUGCUCUUUCCAAGUUCCUUCCCCCCCCUUUUUUUUUUUGGUAAAUAUAUAUAUUUCAACUAACCCUCUCUGCCUCCCUUUUUGAGGUCAUGGCGGAGAGCUGGGAAGGUUUCGGAUCCGUGGAGUUGUCUCUUUUGACUCCAUCAAAGGAUCAGUUCUAAUUCUGUUCAGUUUUGGAGUUUUCAAUACGAUACUUUCCUAAUGUUAGAGUAAAACAAGUUCCUAAGGCUCAGAAAUGGACGACUGAGGUCAGAUUUUUCUUUCUGAGGUCACAACUCAGGAAAAAAAAAAUUGAAAAAAAAAUCUUAAAUGUCUCCUAUCCAGAGUUUUGUCCCUGGUGCUUCAGGGCUGCAGCCUUAAUAUGUCAAUGCAACCCCUUAGAAGUGUUUCUUCAGCCUGAAUUUUUAUAUUUCCAAACUCUCUUGACUCUGUUUAAGCGGUUGUUUGAAUUGUUGAACAUUGCCGGAAAGGACAGAAAUAUAACUUCUGUCUCAAUUCAGCCUUUCGAAACCAAGAUGAUCUCAAAUUGAUCUUAACUGUUUAAAUGUGGUUUCCCCCUGCCCCCAGAGGAGAGAAAAAUUAAUUCUGCCAUAAUCUCUUUCUAUACCUUUGAAAGUAUCAAAAGAAGAGUGUGGUUUUAAUCGGGAAGAAUAUUUUAAGAGCAAAUAUUAUUUUCUCUCAUGGACUCCACGAAAAGAAAGGAUUUUCAAUACUGUGUUUUUGUUUUGUUUUUUUUCCCCAAGUUGAAACUUAACCCCUGUGAAUAGUAGAAUUCCAAACUUUUAUUGGAACGGGAUGAAAAUCUGUAUAUGUCCCAGAAAACAGCUGAAUAAAUAGAUUACUGAGAAAGAACUACUAGAUAGUCCUUGACUUAUGACUACUGUUAGGACCAGAAUUUCAGUCCCUAAGCGAUGCAGUCAUUAAACGAGUCAUCACGUCCCCAGAUCCGAUUUUGCAGCCGUUUCUACUGUGGUCUUUAAGGUGAAUCCAGCUUUCCCAAUUGACUCUGCUUAUUGGAAUCCAGUCGGAGAUCACAAAUUGUGAUUACGUGAUCUCAAAAUGCUGCAAUUAUCCUAAAUGGCAGCUGGUUGCUGAGCAACCAAAUUGCAAUCACGUGACUGCAGAGGUGAUGCGACUCGUAACUUUGAAGGAGGGAUCACACAAGUUACUUUUUCCGAGAUUGUCAUAACUUUGAACUGGCUUUAAACAAACAGUCGUAAGUCAAGGACUAUCUAUGAAUAAGAAAGCUCUUGGGCAGAGGGCAGUUCUAGUGAGAAUUUGAACUUUUAUGUAGCACUUUCUCAAAAUGCAAGGUGCCUAUAACCACUCGCUUGCCCUCAGAACAACCUCCCAAAACUGAAUUAUUCCCAUUUUUAAAAAAGAGAGAAUAAGUCAAAGAGAAUUGUCCAAAAUUUCUUGCUGGCUGGAUGUGAGCAACAUGUGAGAUUAGAUUAAAAUGAGUCUUUUGGCAGAUGACUUUCCUCAUUUUGUGGGAGUUGUUGCCUUAGCUUGUUGUAUAAUCACGUUACACCAUAAUAUGGUUUGGUGGUUUGUCAGCACUGACCAUGUUAUGUGACCAGCAAUUGUGUUUUGUUAAAUCAGAUUUAGGGUUUUGAGUGCUGUGGAAAUGAUGCCACUGAGAGACGUGAAAAUACUGGGGUGGUUUUUUUUUCAAUUAUUAUUAUCCCAUUUAAGAUAAGUGUGGGAAAAUCCUAAAUUUUGUUUCAGCAUGCUAAGCACAGGAGAAAGAAAGAAA